AUGCAUACCAUCGCACCACUGCAAGGCAACAGUUGCCGGCUGAAUCCGCUUAAGCCUGAGCAUUACGGUGCUAUAGCACCACAUCUCCGGUAUCCAACAUUUGUUUCUUUCCCGGAAAAGUCAAAUAUUUAUCUAUUUGACUUCGUAUCCUCAUCUGGUCCCAAAACGGACGGUCCUCACCUGUUCACCAAUAGCGACGAUUUCGAAUCUCAUAUCGCGACUACGUCCAAACCACACACACGUAUAGUAUCAAUAUGUUCUCAAAAUUCCAUGCGGCCCCUCGGAGUCACCGAACAAGCGAUGCGAAAGCUCAUGAACACAUACGGCAUCGACGCAACCCUCCUUGACCUCAUAGUAUCUUUCGGCGACAAACCACAAAGCGCCGAUGCAGGACACGGAGCAAUGACAGUGAGACAGAAGGAAGAUGGCUCAUGCGACAUGCAAUACCUCGUUACAUAUGCAGAGAGCAAUGCUCCUCAGGGGAGUGUUCCAUGGACGAUCCGACAGACAUGUGUAUUUCACCGGUAUAAUCCUGCAGGGUCCGGCAAUCUCUGGAUCUUCUUUCACGCGAGACCACGAUCAAAGCUGCAGCAGCUGAUCGAAUCCGAGAUCACUUCACAGCACGCAGGCGUGUUUAAGAGCUGGUAUUCGAUGCAUUUACUCGUACUCUCGGCAUAUAUUGGUAACUGGCGCUGGUGUAUCCGCAGUCUGGGCGAGGAGAUCGAGAGCACUGUCAGUCUGCAAAUGCGACCGAACCUUUGUGAAGUCGCUGAUAACCACGGAAUAUUGACACCACAAUAUCUGGGAGACAAGCUCCCAACGCUCUCAUCCAGACUACAGGUUGCGUUAGAAACCAUUCGCAAGCUGGCUGAUAUCAAUACACUUUUUCAAUCCAAGGGGUUCACGACUGAUGAUGACUCCCAACGACUGGCAAGCGAGAUGGCGUACUACAAAACUACUAUCGAAGGGUACCUGAGAAGCGUGGAAGUACUCGAAGGAAAAGUGAAAGGUAUCUCAGACUUGAUGGCAGUUGCCCUCAAUCUGAAAGGCCAAACUGUAGCCAACGAAAUUAACGACAAGAUGCUACAACUCACCAGCGAGGCAUUCGAGGAUAAUGCUACUGUCCGGGUCGUCACGCUAGUCACCCUCAUCUACCUGCCUGCUAGCUUCGUCUCGACUCUUCUAGGAAUGAAUCUUUUUGACUUCGGAGAUUCCAAUGAGAAAGAGUUCACAAUCUCGAGGCAGUUCUGGAUUUUUGUUGUAGCAGCAGUACCACUUACGAUGCUCACCCUGGGGUCUUGGUAUAUCAUCACCAAACGGCAGGUGAAGCUGCGGCAGAAGAGGAAGGAGGAGAGAGCAGGCAGCAAGAUGUGUUGAGAUAUUUCUCCUUUAUGUCUUUCAUUUGUGUCUUUCUGUUGUGGCUUUUUUGAUGAUUAUAUAAGUCUCCUUACUAAAUAUACGUGCGUGGGAAAGGAUGGUCGACAUGUUUUAGCAAGAGCAGGGUGUUGGAGGAUAUGUGCUGCAUGUUUUAUAUCAAUCAUAUAUAUUAUGGAUGGAUAGAUACACAUAGAAAUCAACUGUACUGCUAGGAUCAUUGCUCAACCCUCCUUCUUGUCUUUGAUAUAUUAACAAGUUUACAGCUUCUAUUCUGCCAAAGAAAACCAUUAUUAUUUUGAUAAUUCAUCGAUAACCUCCUGCAUCCAUACAGUAUCAAUCUCCACACGAUGCAUUCAGCACAGGGUUUACAUGGCCAAAUGAUAUUUGCAGCUAACCAAAUUUCCGGCCACAUUCUAGUGAAUUCAAUAUCAGAACCCACAAG